AUGAGCACUGAAGCUAUUAGGAAGCUGAGGCAAUAUGCCGAAGAGAAUGAGAAGGAGGAGUUUGAUGGGAUCACCUACUUGGUGCUAUUAGAAGAGUGCAUUAACGGGCUGAGCGGCUCAGAAGAUCAGGCCUUGUUUUUCGAUGAACUUUAUGGCUUGCUGGAUCAAUUUGGAACUCCCUUAAAUGAUGAGCUGCUGUGGGGCCUGCCAAAAGCACUAAUAAAGAAUAUAAGUUCUAAGAAUGUGGAGGAUAAAGCUCUCGUGAAAGCAAUAUGUAACUGCAUGAAGUUGGUUGCAAGAGUUGGAACAGAUGAUUAUAACUUCCUUUUCGGCACAGAGUUGUUGAGAGAGUGCAGAGCGGAAGAUACUAAUAUAUACGAUGAUUCCAAUGACACAUAUAUUUUGGAAGCAUUUAAAGUUAGAGUUGAACUUUUACUUGAGGAAUUUAUACUACCAGCUUUGAAAACACUAGGCCAGACAAACCCAUCUAAAUUUCUAUCCGUCAUAGUUUCCGCCUUGGUCGAGUUAAUCUCGAACAACAUGCAAUGUGGGGAGGAAAUAGAAAUGUCUAACAUUUUAUUAGAUGUAAUAAUACGGUUUUAUGAUAGCUAUGAGCUUCCUAGCGCUAAAGUUACCACACCUGAUGGCGCGAUGGCCAAUAAAGAUGAAGAAGAUAUAGUUCAAAAAAUACUAGAAAGUUUUUGGUCAUUUUCCAUAGGUAGAUGUAUCAAAAAUCAAAGCUGCUUUCCUGAAUAUAUACUAUUAUCGCAAAUUCCAAGAAUGGAUUUCGUGAAGCAAGAAAUCGAUGUUCCUGACGAUUUCAUCAUCAAAAGUAGGAAUAUUAUCAGGAUAACGAACGAGAAGUUACAACUUGAUCUUCAAAAGAUGAUGGAAGCCUGCUUUGAAGAAACACGAAAAAUAUACGAACUGUUGCCCCCAAACCCGACGGUGCAGGAUGGUAAUGAUUUAACUGAAGAAAUAUAUCAAAUGUCCUAUGUAAAUGGUGUGACCACGUUAGAGGAACAAAAAGGUAAACUGAGUUUGGAUACCGCAGGUGUAUUAACGCUAUCGGGACUGUAUUAUAUUGCGAAUGAUAAUAAAUUAAAUGUAAAAAUAAAUCUUUAUGAUGCCGUUCUCCUAUAUCUCAGAUUUUCCAGUGCAUCAUUAUAUUCUCCCAUAUUUGAUAACACAUUUGUGGAAGGUAUAUGCCGGUUUUGGCUUUGGAGUUACACAUUAGGUGAAAAUAGAGAUAAAAAUACUUUACAAUCAGAGUUAAUGAGUGUACCUGACUAUGUUCUCAAGGUGUUUUUCCAGUUGCUGCUACUGAAGACAUGCAAUGAGGCUUCAACGUUACAAAAGAGGAUAAAUUUCAAUCUGUUGACACAAUUACUGGCAUUUAGCAACGCUGAAGUGGCGUUUGAUUUCAUAGUUGAUACGAUACUAUCUUGCCCCUAUCUUGAUGCCAAGAUUGCUAUCGCUGGGAUCUUAAAGGACUUGAUGGCCAAGAAAAGUGAUGAUAUACACCUUAAGGAAGCCAGACAAGUUAAAAAUGAACCGAAUAACCAUAAUUGCCCUCCAAAAUUACCAGACAGACCUCCUAUUACUGUAGAUGAGCACAGAAUAGCGAGCAUACAUAGCCUAGUAAAGCUCUGCAUCGAGGAUUGCUUAAAGCCCUUGAACAACAAGACACAAGGGAACCUAAUACUACUGCAAUACUAUAUCAAUAUUCUAAUCACACUUUAUAAACAAUGGGACGGGUUUCUCCUCAAAGAGAUUAACGAUGAAAUAAAAAAACUGUUCAGCCAAAGACAAGAGCAAGAGUUCCCCGAACUAGAGUUCAUACGUCUGGCAAAUGAUACACUAUCCACGCAGCUAGAGAGACUUAACUUGUAA